CGGCCAAACCCUUAUGAUGGCAAGUAAAGAAACCUUACCAACCGGUACCUCGAUGAUAAAAGUCCAGUCCAUGUGGUCGGAAACAGCGAAAGAAAUGUUUGCACAACGCCGCGUCUCUACGACCUGCGAGAUAUUUCCUACUCGUUACCUGCUACUUUACUCCGGGGAAGUGAGGGCUACAUGAAGAUUGUCAACACUGGGGAUAAGAAGAUCAAUUUUGAAGUCAGCGAAAUUCUGUUGCGAGCUGAAAAGUGUGACGAGUCAUUAGCCAAGCCAGGAUGGCCGACUGUUACAACGCAGCACAUGCCAAGCAAAGCCAGCCAUGCAGUCACGUGUAAAGCCAAGCCAAAGCCAAAGCCAAAGCCAAAGCCAAGCCAAGCCAAGCCAAGCCAAGCCAAGCCAAGCCAAGCCAAAGCCAAAGCCAAAGCCAAAGCCAAAGCCAAAGCCAAAGCCAAAGCCAAAGCCAAAGCCACAGCCACAGCCACAGCCACAGCCACAGUCACAGCCACAGCCACAGCCACAGCCACAGCCAAUGCCAAAGCUAAAGCCAUACCACGGAGGUUGAUGCCGCAACUUCCACUCGAGCCAGCCAGCAGUAUCAAUAUUGCCUAUGGUUCGCCGUUGAUUGUUCGUGACAUGACAUCCAACUGUUAAAUGACGGGUAUAAAAACCCAAGGCAUUCAUUUCAAUGGACAUUCAAUUGUGUGCACUAGUAUAAGGCGAAACGCUGUCCGAAUAAUAAAACAUAAUCUCUGAAGUAA